UACCCAACAAUAUACCGAAACCCUAAAAUAAUUAAGAAUUAAGAAAAUCAAACUGUUUAUCGAAUUUUGAAACGUGCAGACAAUGGAGAACUCGAGUCCAUCAACAAGCCGGAAACGCCAACGGGCCGACGAGCCCGAGCCCGAGCCCGAGCCCGAGCCCGAACCGGACCUAAACGAUGCUGAAUUAGUAUCAAUGGAGGAAAAUUUCAACUUUAGUGAUACUUUAGUGGCUCUUCGUAUGAUGCGUGCUCAAUUUCCCCGUAUCGAAAAGGUUUCAAUUCAGCCUUUUAUUUUGCGGUCACAGUUAUAUAGCAGUGUAAAGGACAGGACACAAGUGGAUAGAGAGUUGGAGUCCCUAAGGAGGGAAAGAGUUCUACGUACUUUCAAAUUAAAUACUGGACAGGAUGAUCAUGCUAUAAUGUUUUUGGAUGACUACCUUGGUCAGAUCGAACGUGUCAGUAAAAGAUUGGAAGCACAGAAGCAAGAAGACCUAUUUGUUUUUGAAUGGUUCAAGGAGCAUGUAAUUUAUUCAAAGCUAGAUCCCAGCAUUGGACAUGAAGAACUUCGUUCCCUUCUGUCGUUGGGGGGCAAGGUGAAGGAGGAACACAUCUCCCUCUUAAUAAAUGCUGGACUUCUGACUCGACAACUUAUUGAUCCGAACAUGUACUGGUUUGCGAUUCCAAAUAUUGGAUCAGUUCUCAAGGGCCUCUCACAGGGAAGAAAGGAGCUUAUGUCUUUUCUCAAUCGUAGAAAGUACAAAGAGAUGGCAAUGGCUGCUCUGGAAAAGAAGCGUCUUCGACUCUCUCCACUAGAUAUGAGAUUUCAUCUCAGAGAUUUGCUUGGAUCAGGUCAUCUCAAAACUGUUGAGUCACCCACAGGUUUACUUGUUAAGGUUGUGAAGGAUUAGCUUAGAUUUUUACCUUAUUUUCGUAAUGACAAAUUUCUUUGCAAGACCAUAGUAACAAGAGCUCAAAUUGCUUGUAUGGAGACUGAUUAACAUAACAUUUGCAUAUGAAUUUUAUGUAUAUCACACAUAAAUAGACAGUGUGAUGAAUUUUCACACCAUCAAGGUACUUUACUGCUUAGAGCAGUUUAUUUACUUCA